UUUUUAUAUAUUUUGACUAUGGAUAACAUUGACGAUUAUAUUUUACAAUUGGCAGAUAAAGAUACAUCAUCCAAAUCAACCAGCAAAUCCUCAAGAAAAUCGUCUUCGAGAAAAUAUGCGUCUGACUCUGAUGAAGUUUACUCGGACGAUGACGAUAUUGAUAUUGGUUCUGAAGGAGAAAUAGAUGAAUAUGGACCAGAUUUGUAUAAAGAUGAAGAAGAUCGAAAAAGACUUUUGGCUCUUCCUGAAGUAGAACGUGAACAUAUUCUUAGUGAACGAUCAGAAGAAAGACAACGCAACUUGGAACGUUUAGAAGUACGAAAACUAUUAAAGGAUGGUCAUAGAGGCGAUACAACUCGACGUUCGACACGAUCCAAGGGUUCCGGUACCUCCAGAGCUCUUUCUGAAUUGACAAGAAGACGUGAAGAAAAGAAAUCCAGUCGAUCUAUCAAACGUCAUAGAAGGUAUUCUCCUAGUCCUGAAAAGAAAAAGCGACGUCGAUCAAGUCAUGAAGAACAUAGUGAUUAUGAACAUAGUGAAGAGUGGCCUGAAUCUGAUGAAGAACGUGAAGCGAAGGCAAAGAAACGAGCGCCAACCCUUGAAGAAAUACAAUCCAUUAGUUUCACUCGAAAUAUGAUUGAACAAUGGUUAUAUACUCCUUUCUUUGAUGACACUGCCAUUGGUUGUUUUGUUCGUUUAUAUAUUGGUCCUGAUCCUGCAAAAAAGGUUCCUGUUUAUCGAAUGUGUCAAGUUGUUGAUGUGGCUCCAUGGCACAAGGUUUACAAGAUUUCUGAUGGUGUGUUUAGUAAUCGAGGUCUCAAGGUUAAAUAUGGAAAAUCUGAAAAGGUGUUUCCUAUGGAUAUUAUAUCUAAUCAGCCAGUGACUCAGAGCGAAUAUACACGAUUAUUGAAUGUUUUGGAAAGUGAACGUCUUCGAGCACCAACGAUGGACCAUGUGGAACAAAAAUUGGAAGAUCUCAAGAAAGCAAAGGCAUAUGUUUUGAAUCAUGAAGAAGUAUCGGAUAUGAUUGCACGAAAGCGUCAGGUACAAGGUCAAAAUGUCAGUGUGGCAAUGGAACGUGCAGAAGUCUUGGCUCGAUUGGAACACGCUAAAGGAUAUGGUGAUGCAGAUGAAAUCUCAAGAUUGACAAAACGUUUACAAUCACUGGAUGAAUUGGUGGAUCGUGGUGGAAAUAGUGGAAGUCAGCAACAUAUUUGGGAAGAAAUUAAUAAACGUAAUCGAGAACGCGACAGGAUAGAAUCUCAAGAAGUGGAAUUACGAUUAUCAGAAGAAAGACGCAAAGCAAUCAAAUUGGCUAUGUUACAAUCAUCACAACAAUCAAGUGAAAUUGAUCAAAAAUCUGAAACAAAAAAUGCAACGGUGAUAGUAGUAGCUAGUUAUGAAAAAUUGAUGCGUAGCUUAGGAAAAGAAUUAGCAAUUGAAUUUAUUGAUGAAUAAACGAAUUUAUGAUAGUUUUUGUUAUUGAGCCAUAAAUAGGUUAAUGAUAUGUCGCCAUUUCACGCUCCGGCCUUUUUU